GACGGUAGUGGAAAACAGAUUUGGAGGAGGAAGUCUCAGUGCUUGAGUGCAGUGUUCAACAGGAAUGAACUCCCUCUCACGCCUUGUGCAUCUCGUACUCUGACAAUUCACUUAAAGCUGGGGACAUUUCCUGUUCAUCUCCUUUAGGCUUUGCCGGACUGCUCAGCUGUUGCAUCCCGUUUUUUCAUUUUUUUUUUUUUUACCUCCACCUCUUUAAAUUAAACAGUUUUCUAAGAUGACCUGGACGGCGAACAGUUGUUUGGUCACCCUGGCCAUCCUGUUUCUGUGGCGAGUGGAAGAAAUAGCAGAAGCCUGCAGCUGCUCCCCAGUGCAUCCUCAGCAGGCGUUUUGCAACUCAGACAUCGUAAUCAGAGCGAAGGUAGUCGGAGAGCAGGACGUUGACGUUGGCAAUGACAUCUAUGGAAACCCCAUCAAGCGUAUCAAGUACGACAUCAAACAGAUCAAGAUGUUCAAAGGUCCCACCCAGGAUACUGCUGCUAUCUACACAGCUCCCACCUCUGCAGUGUGUGGAGUGACUCUGGAGAACGGCAAGGAGUAUCUUAUCACAGGCAAACUGGAGACUGACGGGACAAUGCAUAUCACAUUGUGUGACUUCAUCGAGCCCUGGGACGACCUGAGUGCCACCCAGAAGAAGAGCCUGACUCAGCGCUAUGAAAUGGGCUGUGAUUGCAAGAUCACCCGCUGCACCUCCAUCCCCUGCAUGAUCAGCGGCCCGGCCGAGUGUCUGUGGUUGGACUGGGUGAUCGAGAAGGUAGUGAAUGGAAAUCAUGCCAAACACUUUGCUUGUAUCAAGAGGAGUGAUGACUCUUGUGCCUGGUACAGAGGGGCAGCGCUACCCAAAAAGGACUUCCUGGACAUCGAAGACCCUUAACUCCACCGCUGUCCAAUAGUCUGAGGAUGUCUACGAUGUCUAAGAUACUAAUACAAUAAUACCAAAAACACAAAUAAAUACACAAGUCAAAUUCUUUUUUUUUUUUUCUUUUUUUUUGUUAAGAAAAGGGUGUGUGCUCUAUGUGAGGUUGUUUUUAUUUGCAGGACUCAUUAUUUUUUAAUUUAGUCUUAUGAAUUCAGCACUUUCAGACACUUCUACCCCUAAAUCCAAAGCACUUCCUCAUAAACCACUUGUCCCUCGGCUGAAAUAAAGGGAUAAUCAUCACAGUUCAGUAUUACUGUUCAUAGCAUUUUUGUUCUUGAACUCUUAAUUUAACCAAAGGUAUUGUUUAAAGUAAACUAUAAUUCUAUAAUGCAAAACGUACACCUAUAACUCAAAGUGUAACAAUUCUGUGAAUCUGUGUGUUCAGUAACAUUAGCUGGCAAUCGGCGCUCUGAUUUGCGACAGCAGAGCUAUCACAAGGACCGGGCCCGACUUGCCUGUCCUGCUUCAGAUUCUUUUUUGUGCUGAGUAUGCAAAACUCUUACCCUCUGAUUUUUUUUUUUUUUAAUGGUGUGGUAAACCUGUUUCGAGUGAGCACAUUGUGUUUUUGCUAAUUGUUUUUUUUCUUUAAAUAAUCCUGAAUAGACAAGAAUGCACUUUGAACACAAUUGCCACAGUAGUCAUAUUGUCUUUUAUUAAAAAUGUCUGAAAAAGAGGAUUGAAUCCUUCCUUGUAUUUUUUUAUAUUACAGCUCUUCUCUUUGUAAUGCUUUAGUGUAAGAGCAUAUUUUAUUUAAGGAGGUUGUAUGAUUCAUCAUAUUCUAUUAAAAAAACCCACAUUUUGAUACUUUUUGUGACACCAUUGGUAUUGUGUAAAGAGAAGACCAAAUAUUUUAACAGUAUUAGCAAAAUACAAACAUUUUAUGUGCAUUAAAGGUCAUAUUGUAGGCCUAAAUGUUAACUGCCUGACUGGCUCGUCCUUUAGGGCAGUGGGUGAAAGAACAUAUUGUAACUAAUCAUAAAUUUACUUGCAGAGCCUUUGAUAUGACCAUACAAGUGUUGAGCAAAUGUCAUGUGACUUUGAUAAUUAAUAUGAGUGUGUAAAAAGAUUCUUCAUUUGAGCUGUAGUCAAGUAUGAUGUCUUGUGCUGGUUUCACAUGAGACAUUUGAGGUGAUUUUUGCAUGCAUGUCCAGCUGAAACAAUACUGUACAUUUUGACUAUUAUAUUAAAUGCCAAACCCUG